ACACAAACAUAACGAUGGCUUCUUCUUCGUCUUCUAAUCCUUGGUCUUCGUCACCGAGCAAGAAGAAAACAACUAAAUCUCGCCAAACUAAAAGAACCCUCUGCCAGAAAGCUUCUUCUUCGAAAGCUACAAGCUUAGAUAAAAGACAAGAGACUGUCUUAAAGAAAGCUUUCGAGCUUUCAACUCUCUGUGGAAUCGAAGUAUGCGUCAUCUGUUACAGACUCGACGGAGGGCUUAAAACAUGGCCUGAAGACAGAGAGAAGGUCAAAGACAUGGCUCGAAGGUACAUUGAACUAAGCGAGACGAAGCGACGCAAAGGACAAGUUGAUCUUCGCCAGUUUCUCGAGAAGAUCAAUAACGAUGACUCCAAGAAUAAGAAGAAGAAGAAGAAGAAACUGAAAUCUUUACCCACUAACAAGUAUCCAGAUUGGGAUCCGAGGUUUGAGAGUUACUCUGUAGAGCAACUCACGGAGCUGAUUCAGUCCUUGGAACGUCGUCAAGCCAUGAUGCAACAUAGAAUUCAAGCUGUUGUUGAAUCUCAGAAACAGAGGAACAUGCAUGGCACGAACAUGGCUGAUCAAAAACCGAUGAUUACUACUACUGCUGCUGGAAUGAAUCAUCUUCAACAACAUUCAAACCAGGUUUCCAUGUAUCUGCUUAACCAUGAAAACGGUAAUUUAUCGCAAUUCCCAGUCUCUGCAUCAGCUCUUAACCAAGCGCAAUCUCUGCCUCCGCUUCCGAGUUCACUGGCGAUGUACCCUGAUUUUAAUAAUUGCAACGUGGAUGGUAACUCUGGCUUCCGUGGCGUGCAAGAAGCUGAGAUCAACAACAUGAAUGUGAAUGACUAUCCCGGGUUUCGUUGGCCGCUGCAGGGAACCGGGAUCAGCAGCAUGAAUGUGGAUGAUUAUCCCGGUUUACGUUGGCCGCAAGGAACUGGGUUCAACGGGUUGCAGAACAUGAACAUGUGCGGCUACAACAGCAACACUAACACCAAUGGUCUAACGCAUCAGCUUGUUCAAUUUCCGACACAAAUAACAGCACCGGGUUUUCAAUUUGGAUCGAGUUUGAAAAUGAGUGGCUCGGGAAGAAAACUAGUCUCAAAGUGGGACUCUAAGACAGACACACAUCAACAUUUUAGCGUAAAUGAAAACUCAGGUUCUUAUUACAAGGAGCCCGAGCCUGUCCGGUUCAACGGAGAGAGUAAUGUCAGUAGGAGAUCAGCUGCUGCGGACGAUCAGCACUCCGGUGACGCUAGGACUAGAAGCAGAGCUGCACAGAAUAACGAUAACAGUUACUACUCUGAACAAGAUGAAACUAGGCAGAAAUUUUUCCAUAGUGAUUAUGGCUGGGAAGAUGCAACCAGAAAGCAUAGGGAGAUGAAACAUCACGCCGAUGGUUUCAGGUCGUCUGACUAUGAUACUGAUUUUUCUAGAAGGGAGCAUUUACAUGGUGGCGUUUCGGAUCCGAGGUUGAGAAGGCACAGAAGCGAGUUUACGGGAACACAAAGAAGGGAUGGGGAUGGUGAUGGUGAUGGUGAUGGCGAGGGAGGAUUCAACAGGACUUCGAGUAUCCCGUGCAAGUUUUUCGCUGCAGGGUUCUGUCGUAACGGCAACCAUUGCAGGUUUUCUCAUCAUGGUGGUGAUAGGAAGCAGCCUCAGGACAACAACUUUUAUAGACAGGACAGUAACAAUCAUAGUGGUCAUAAUAGAUGGAAUGAUGCUGAAAGAUUGGAUAAGGGAGUUUCUGAAUCCAGAGGGAACGGUAGUAGCUGGAUUGAUGAUAUGGAGAUGUCUCCAGAAUGGAAUUAUGGUGCUCGUAAUCUGAAAAUCCCCAUGAAGGAAGACCUUGGUGUUGGCGUUAUUGGUCAGAGUUCACAAUCUCGAGCUGGCAAAGAUGAUUUGGUGACUAACUAUGAUCAGAGGAGUAGUAGUGGUGUUAUGUUUGAGAAACCUGUAGCUGAUUCGCAUCAGAAUUACAACGACAAACCGGUGAACAUCGCUCCGGUUCAAGCAUUUAAUCAGAAUCAUGAUGUAUCGCCGUACCAAACCGCUGGAGGAAGCCAACAAGUGGUAGCUGCUGCAGCAGAUUUGUCAGUGGGUUCGACUUUAAGCAGUCUUGAGAGUGGAAAAGCUUUUCAAGAUUCCAUUGUGGAGAAACCUGUUCCGGUGCAAAAUACAGUGACGAGGGAACAAAUGGAACAGAUUAGUAACAUCUCAGCAUCUAUAGCUCAGUUUCUUGCAAAUGGACAGCCCAUUACACAGCUCACACAGUCAUCCUUGCUCUCAGAAUCUUCCUCUGCUGUUCAUCCAGAUCAAGCUACUAGUAAUAAUCCGAGCAUUGGCGCUGAAGUAGUCCCAGCAGUUACGACAUCACAUGUGAGCAAUGUCGAUAAGAUUCAGGAACUAGCGCUAGAUACCAAGGCUGAUGAGGAAAACGGAGAGAAAAAGGCCGAUGAAGCUAGCAAAGAAGAAGAUGGUACGAAAACUGGAGAAGACAGUAAAGAUGCUGAUGAUGUUGAUGGUAGUGACGAAGAAAACAAGAAAGGGAAAGACCCGAAGGCGUUUAAGUUUGCCCUCGUUGAGAUUGUAAAAGAGCUUUUAAAACCAGCUUGGAAAGAAGGUAAAAUGGACAAAGAUGCUUACAAAAACAUUGUGAAGAAAGUGGUUGAGAAAGUGACUGGUACAAUGCAAAGUGGAAACAUUCCUCAAACACAGGAGAAGAUUGAACAUUAUCUAUCUGCUUCGAAACCAAAGCUUACCAAGCUCGUUCAGAACUACUCAACAGUUGAAAGUAAAAAACACGUUCUCAGAAUUGAAUCGAUUUCUGUAACGGAGAUGGCUUCGUCCACAUCAAAAACCCUAAUGGAUUUUUUUCAACCCGCCAAACGCCUCAAAGCUUCCCCUUCUUCCUCCUUCCCCGCCGUUUCCACCGCCGGUGGAUCCCGCGGUUUGGGUUCUGCAGCAAACUCGCCGCCUCGCAUCACCGUUACCAAUUCCGUAACGGAAGACUCGUCUGGCCUCACACCGGACCAAAUCUCUCGCUCCGAGUUCAAUAAAUUCGUUGCCAAGUCCAAGCGUAACCUCGCCGUCUGCUCCGAGAAGGUCACAAAAGCGAAAGCUGAAGGAAGCUGCUACGUACCAUUGAGUGAGCUCUUAGUGGAAGAAUCAUGGCUCAAAGCUCUUCCUGAAGAAUUGCAUAAACCCUACGCUAAAACUCUUUCCGACUUCCUUGAACGUGAGACCAUAGCUGACUUUAAAGGCCCUCCGAUUUAUCCGCCGCAGCAUUUGAUUUUCAAUGCCCUAAACACAACUCCUUUUGAUCGUGUAAAGGCUGUCAUUAUCGGUCAGGAUCCUUACCAUGGACCUGGUCAAGCAAUGGGUUUGUCCUUCUCCGUGCCUGAAGGAGAGAAGCUUCCUUCUAGCCUGUUGAACAUAUUUAAGGAGCUUCAGAAAGAUGUUGGCUGUCCAAUCCCACGUCAUGGUAAUCUGCAGAAAUGGGCUGUGCAGGGUGUACUGCUGCUGAAUGCUGUUCUUACAGUAAGGAGUAAGCAGCCCAAUUCACAUGCAAAGAAAGGAUGGGAACAAUUCACUGAUGCUGUUAUUCAAAGCAUAUCACAGCAGAAGGAAGGUGUGGUGUUUCUCCUCUGGGGAAGAUACGCUCAAGAGAAAUCCAAGUUGAUAGAUGGGAAUAAACAUCAUAUACUCACAGCUGCUCAUCCAUCUGGUUUGUCGGCUCACAGAGGCUUCUUCAACUGCAGGCAUUUCUCUCGAGCAAACCAGCUACUCGAGCAAAUGGGGACUACCCCUAUAGACUGGCAACUU